AUGCCGUCAGCAGACUUAACGCCAGCAGAGUUCCAGUUCAAAGGCGUUCUGAAACUGCACGGAGAAAUCGGCGAUAUUAAACACGCUCUGGACGACGACUUAUCGCAAAGUCUAGACCAAGUCACUUUGGAUCCAACUCUAAACGAAGUCGUGGUCAUUGGUUCAGCCGUAGAGAACAUUGAUGAUCUUAUCAGCGAACAAGAAUCUAUGACGCAACGAACACCCAUGGGUUCUAAGGAGACCAUUCCGAGGAAGGUAUCACCAGGACGUUCCGUGAGCAAGUUGAAGGGAGUGCCUCCAUUGAAGAAGGUGAUGUCGCAAGUAAAGGAACCUCCAAAAUCGGCAGAAAAACCGUCACCACCAAAGCCAAGACCACAGCCGACGGAACCCGAAUCUAAGAUUGAUACCAAAUCAAAGGUCAGCUCAGUAGAAGCACCCUCAUCACAGAUGGAUACUGUCCGAUCAUCUCAACAGAAGCCUCCUACUUCUGCUUCAAUACAGGAAGAAGAACGUACUCCAAAAACACAAGAAGGCCGUACGGAGCCUAGCACGGGUGAGACCUCUUCUCCUGAGAACAGUGAUCGAACAAAUGCCACUGAUGAGACGCAAAGUAGGGGACAAGGUGGCAGCUCGUCUGUAGGGACCGCUCCCCCCACAACGAGAGGCACCACAAAUGAGACCGCCGCUCAACGGCCAUCAACUGCUGCCUCGCAAAAUAGGGGACAAGGUGGCAGCUCAUCUAAAGUGAUCGUUCAUCCCACCACGAAACGCCCCACAAAUGAGGCCGUCGCUGAACGGCCAUCAGGUGCUGCCACUACUGCCAUUAAGAGAACC